AUGCCUUCGCGCCUAGGUAUCAGCACCAUGUCGCUCGGCCGAUGCUGGGCUGGACACUCUUUUGAGCACAAGAUGGACAUGGCAGCAAAGUACGGCUACCAGGGCAUCGAGCUCUGGCACGAGGACCUCAUGGACGUCGCCGAGCAGCUCCCCGGCGGUGCCGCCCUCCUCGAGAACCAGAUCGCCGCCUCCAAGAUUGUCAAGAGGAUGUGCGACGUCCGCAACAUUGAGGUCAUCUGUCUCCAGCCUUUCCAGCACUUUGAGGGCCUCGUCGACCGCGAACAACACGCCCGUAGGGUCGAGGAGCUGCGCGUGUGGAUCCAGCUCGCCCACGUCCUGGGCACCGACCUCAUCCAGAUCCCCAGCAACGUCCUGCCCGCCGAACAGGUCUCUGAGGAUCUCGAGCUUCACAUCGCGGACCUUGCUGAAGUUGCCGACAUCGGUGCCGCCUCCAACCCGCCCAUCCGCUUCUCAUAUGAGAGCCUGUCGUGGGGCACCAGAGUCGACGUAUGGGAGACGUGCUGGGAGGUCAUCCAGCGGGUCGACAGGCCCAACUUCGGAAUGUGCCUCGACACCUUCAACAUUGCCGGCCGCAUCUUUGCCGACCCCUGCGCCGCCUCGGGCAGGACAGAAGACGCCGAGCAGGCGGUGAAGGACUCCAUCCAGAGGCUCCUCACGACCGUGGACGUCUCCAAGAUCAUCUACGUGCAGGUCGUCGACGCCGAGCGCCUCGCCGAGCCGCUAUGCCCGACGCACCCUUAUUACAACGCCGAGCAGCCGUCCCGCAUGUCCUGGUCAAGAAACUGCCGUCUGUUUUACGGCGAGUAUUCAAGGGGGGCGUAUCUCCCCGUCCGAGAGAUCUGCGCGGCCAUCUUCCAGGGCCUGGGUUUCGAGGGUUGGGUCAGCUUUGAGCUGUUCAACAGGAGGAUGUCGGAGGAGGACCACGACGUACCAGAGGAGCUCGCCAAGAGAGGAGCUGUGGCCUGGAGCAAGCUGGUGAGGGAUAUGAAGCUGAGAGUGGAAGAGCCUUCGACGGCCGUGACGGCCCUUCUGCUUAAUCUUCAUGUGCUUUGCCGCAAACUCGAUGGCCGCCGUGUACCCGUAGACGCCCAAGCCGCAGAUGACGGCGGUGGCCUUGUCGCUCAAGUAGCUGUGGUGUCUGAAGGCUUCCCUCGUGUGGACGUUGGAGAUGUGGCACUCGACGAAGGGGAUGUCGACGCCGAGGAGGGCAUCGCGGAUGGCGACGCUCGUGUGUGUGUAGGCGCCGGGGUUGAUGACGAUGGCGUCGAUGUUGCCCCUGGCCUCGUGGAUGCGGUCGACGAUGGCGCCCUCGUGGUUGGACUGGAAGUUCUCGACUUUGAUGCCCAGGUCAGAGGCCUGCUUCUCGGCCAUGGAGACGACGUCGGCGAGGGUCGUUGA